AUGGGCUACACGUCCUCGAUCGACACCAACCCGGUGACGUCCGACAUUGGCCUGGCGCCUGCCGGGUCCGUGUGGUUGUGGACCCUGUUCGGCGUCUUCACCGUCUCGCUCCUCGUCCUGCUCGGCCUCGCGCACUCGCGCUCUCAGCAGCACCGCGCGUUCCACUACGUCGCCAUCGUCGUCCUCGCCAUCACGGCCGUGCACUACGCCGUGCAGGCGAGCAACCUCGGGUACGCGAGCGUGCCCGUCGAGUGGGUCCGCUCGGGCUCGCGCGGCCAGUCCCAGGUCCGGGCCGGAGCGCCGUCGCCGCCGACGAGGUCCAUCUUCUACGCCCAGUGGGUGGGCUACGUCCUCACGACGCCGCUCCUCGUCCUCAUGCUCCUCCUCGCGACGGGCUUUACCCUGUCGCGCAUCUUCCUCGUCCUGUUCUUCACCGUGCUCUGGACCGUGUGCCUCCUCAUCGGCGCCCUCAUCCCGACGAGGUACAAGUGGGCGCUGUACGCCUUUGCCGUGGCGGCCUUGUUCUACACGCUCUGGAACAUGACGUUCCCGGCGAGCCGCUCGGCGAGGACCCUCGGUCGCGAGUACCACCGCAACCACGUUGGCCACGCGUGGGGCCUCUCGAUCCUCUUCCUCUUCUACCCGCUCGUCUGGGGCCUGUCCGAGGGCAGCAACAUUCUCACGGUCUCGAGCCAGAUGUUCUGGUACGGCGUCCUCGACUUUCUCGUCAAGGUCUGCUGGCUGUUCGCCUUCCUGUUUGGCGUCGAGUCGCUCGACUACUCGCGCUUCGGCUUCCACUCGGGCAAGUACACCGACCUCGCGCAGGACACGGACGGCAACUACGGCGGCGGCGGCGCGCAGCGCAUCCUCUCGGGCGGCGGCGGCUCGACGACGACGACGGGCGGUCCGAGCAUGGCCGGCAGCCCGGCGCGCACGGGCCCUGGCCCGGACCUUGGCGGCCCGUCGCCGGGCAUGAUGCAGCAGCAGCAGCAGCAGCAGCCGCAGAUGACGAGCGUCGAGCAGGGCCGGGUCGGCGAGUCGGUCUGA